CAGCUGUAGAAGGGCAGCAGCAGCAGCAGCCCCGGCGCAGAGGCACGGACGCACGCGCCAAUGACAGGUCUGCCGGCUUCGCCGCUGCUGCUGCUGCUCACCAUGGGUGCCGGUGCCGCCGCCGCAGAACCCCCCCGCGCCAUCGGCCUGAUGUCCAGCGUAGUGAACGACACCCUCGAGUUCUACCGCUGGACCUGGAGCAUCCGAGACAAACGUGUUGAUGAUUGGCCCUUGAUGCAGUCUCCAUUUCCAACGCUGACUAUAAGCACUAUUUAUCUCCUCACUGUCUGGCUGGGCCCCAAAUGGAUGAAGACAAGAGAGCCCUUCCAGUUACGUUUCCUGUUGGUUGUUUACAACUUUGGAAUGGUUCUACUCAACUUCUUCAUUUUCAAAGAGCUGUUUUUGUCAUCAAGAGCUCGAGGAUACAGCUAUGUCUGCCAGAGUGUGGAUUAUUCAGAUAAUGUUUAUGAAGUUAGGAUAGCUGCUGCUUUAUGGUGGUAUUAUGUCUCUAAAGGAAUCGAAUAUUUGGAUACAGUAUUCUUCAUCCUGAGGAAGAAAUUUAACCAAAUUAGUUUCCUUCAUGUCUAUCACCAUUUUACCAUGUUCACCUUGUGGUGGAUUGGUAUUAAGUGGGUUGCAGGUGGACAAGCUUUUUUCGGAGCUCAGAUGAACGCGUUUAUUCAUGUCAUUAUGUACAUGUAUUAUGGAUUAGCUGCCUGUGGCCCUAAAUUUCAAAAAUACCUGUGGUGGAAGCGAUACUUGACCAUACUGCAACUGGUGCAGUUCCAUGUGACUAUUGGCCACACAGCCUUGUCUAUUUAUAUUGAUUGUCCUUUCCCUAAGUGGAUGCACUGGGGUGUAAUUUUCUAUGCUAUCACCUUCAUUUUCCUGUUUGGUAACUUCUACUAUCGGACAUAUAAGAUGCCCAAGGAACACGUAAAGAAUGGCAAAAUAGCAAAUGGUGCUGUUGCGAAUGGAGUAAGCAAACCAGAAAAUAAUGCAGUGGUGGAAAAUGGAAAAAAGCAGAAAAAGGGAAAAGCAAAAGGAGAAUAACUUGAUCCAGGCCUUAACCGUUGUUGGCAGUGAGGAACCUCCAGUUUGGCUUGUAAAAGAAAGAAAAACACUAUCUGUACCAAUUAACCUUAGGUUACUGAAGAGCUAGAACACGAUAUUUUCCUUAUUUAUGAAGAUUGCUUUAAGAACAACACUAAAGUUGAAUUUCUAUUGUAAUCAUGUCAUUACCAUGCGUACGGUCUCUUUAAACUUGUAGACUGCUGGUGUUGGUGAAUGUAAGGAAGAAUUGCAGUUGAUUCCAUGUUUAGCAGUCCAGAAGUUAAUACUACCAUUGAUACAGGCAGUUUUGUUGGCACCCACAUUUCUUUGGGGAAGGGAGGGGAAGGAAGUAGCAUUUGGAUACUUGUGUUUUCUUUCCAGAAAAUUAUUAAAUUUCAAAUCAUGACGUAUUAAAUUUCAAAUUAUUACAUAUUAUCUAACCAAUUUUUCUUGUCCUCCUUCAAGAGUAUCUUCAGACACGUUAUGUUUUAUGUGCUGUCAGAACAGUGUUUGACUUUUCAGACAUUACUUGAUUUAAUUGAGUGUCACAGUUUGGUUUGUUGUUUUGGUUUUCUUUUUUUGUUCGGGGUUUUGUUUUUUUUUGGUUGUGUUUAUUUCAUUAUUUUUUUUCUUGUGUGGAAAUAUACCUACCUCUUCAUCUGCUGAAAAGAAUAUUGAGCAUUAAAUAACUGGUUUCUGAAAUAUGGAGUCCUCUCAUAUAAAUAUCAGUUAAGACUAAUUCAGGAGAAAAUACGGCUUCCUGUGGGGGUAAAAGGGAUUUUUGGCAGUAUUGAUCAAGUCAUCAAGAACUCUUUUCAAUAUAAACUUUAAUUUUGUAGUGGUACUUUUAGUAUAGCUAAGUGAAGAAAACAUUUUAAGAAUGUACAAAUUUGAACCAAUACAUUGUUUGAAGCAAGCAGUGAAAGCAGACCUGCUGCUCCUUGUCUGUGACCUGCUGAAACAUGUGGUGCUGACUGAUACUGAAAAUGGCAAGAUAAUAUUGUGGUAGAGAGAAAACAACAAUAUGUAAUUCCGUUUAGAAGUUCUGUCUGUAUGUGUAGUCAUGCUAACUACAAGACAGUCACUUGGGAGAGAGAAUCUGGUUUAAAAGUCCUAAAUAACAGCAAACAAAAUGCUGAAAAUGCUACUACUGCUUGAUACUCAUCAAAACUGUAUUUGUUUAGAUUUUUUGCAGACAAGGUCUUGUUAGUAGUCAGGCCACCACUUUAAUGUGAGUGUCAGAGAUGGGCUUCUGAAACUAUUCCCAAAAUAUUCACAGUUCUUUUCAACCUAAUUGGCAAUGUAAUUCUGCUAAUCAUUUUUUAGUCAAAACUGCUAAAAUAAGUAGGAGUCUUUCAGAUGGCUUUUCAUCUUACAUGAUACAUUAAUGGACUUCUUACUGUUCCCUUUGUGAAGAAAAUAUGGAAAGAGUUAUUCUUGUAAAUAAUGUUUUCUGAGAGAUGUCUCUAGCUGCUCAGCAUAUAAUGAGCAUAAGACGGGUGGAAUUGGUAAACAUAUCCUGAACUCCAGCGUUCCUUGCUCAUCGCUCCAAGAGCUGCGUUGUUGCUGUCUAAAUGCAUUCUUUCCAGCUCUAGUGAAAAACACAUUCAGAGUGACAAAAUUCAUCCAUCAAGUGACACCAUUGUUACAGGAAAAAAGUACAUGGGGCUGUAGGUGUACAGUGUGUGACAUGUUUCAUAGUUUUUGCAUCUUGAUUAUCCAUUUGUCUGUUUACGAUAUGCAAACAGGUCACAUCAUCUGUCUCAGGUUUGUUUGUUGUCUCUAUACAAACUCUGCCUAAACACAAAAACCAGGUCCUGGGGAAAAAAGUUUGGAUAUACUCUGUUGUAUUCAGAAAUUAUUCCUAAUGCUGGACUUGAUUCAGCUGGAAAGUAAUCACCACUACUGUGGAUUUUAUGGCAGAAUAUAGGAUUGUGAAAAAAUGCCUCUGCUGAACUGUAGUGCAUGUGACCAUUAAGUCUCCUGUCUACUCUAUUUUGUGAUUCUUCCAGCCUUUGUACUGAUGCUUUUUGCAUUUGUAUAAGUCUCUAUAUGUGUAGUGUGGCAUGGGGAAGAGGGAUAGUGAGCUGCCCUUCCUUCUUCGACAAAUGCCACUACCCUUAAUCAAGCCAAAACACUGACUGGGUAACUUUGGAAUAGCUAAAGGAGCAAAUAACUACAAAACAAGCCAGCAGAUGUACAGCAGUACUUGCUACUCCAAGGUAGUGUCUGGUAUGAAUACUCUUACCAUACUGUAAAUUCAAGGUAGCGUACCCCACUAAUCAAAGGGGUGCUUCUUCCUAUUUGCCAUGGGAUGUGGACAGCUAACUUGUAAAUCUGUAUCAUUCCUUUUAUUGUGUUAAAUUGGUUGUUUGCUCUGCCUUCCUUUCAGUAAGCCAGAUCAGAUAAACUGGUACUCCUAAAGUGAUCUAGCUCUGAAAGAGCAGACUGAGAAGUGUUCCAGUACAGGUUCAAUUAUGUCUUUGCUGCACUUUGUAAAGAAAGAAUCAUAUCUUGCAUGUUAGCAGGUAUUUAAACAACUGUUAGGUCAAAUCUUCUCUCCCCUCAUCAUGCAUGGAAACUGCUUGAAGUUGGUAACAGCUUGAACCUUAUUGGCAGAACUUGGAUAGAAUCCUACCCUCAAACUCUGGGGCACUUGGUAACUUUCAAGAAAAAAAUGAAAUGGCACAUUGUGUUAUAUAUGCAUCAUGUUUUUUGGCCCUGUGGGGAAAACCAGUUGGAGAGAUUGGCAUUUCAUAGAAAAAGAAUCAGUAGUUAAAUUGCUGGGACACUGCUGGUUUGAAUCCAUCUCUGCAAUAUAGCUUUUCUAGGUCUAUUUAUGAUAUAUUUGAUUGUUCACAUGACCUGAGUCCCAUUUUGAUCUUGAAUAUUAUGGCCUUAUUAAAUAUGCUUUUUUGUAGGCAUGGUCUUGAGUGCAAUAUUUCUGUUUCUGACUAUGCAGAUAGACACAGAAUACAGGGCUGAACUUGUACAGGUUUUUUUGUUUUCCAAAAUUUGAGGCAAUGAUGUAUGUGAGAGAUGCUGCCAGAUUCAUCAAAGUCAUCACUGAGUCCAAGGCACCUCAGGAUUUUGCCAUGAAAAUAAUAGGAUAUGAGUAAAAAUGUUUGCUAUACACAGAGCUGAGAUUUAAAUAAAAAAAAAAUCUACUUUGCAUGGGCUUUUUUGUUUUGCUUUCCAAAAUUAUUCCAGUUUCUUUAAAACUGAAAUUCAAACUAUUUGGAACUUUUCUCUCUUUGCCAAUGAAAGAUAAUUUUUUGCUGACAGUUCUGAAGCUCUUUCACCAGAGUCUUGUAAUUAUUUGAUGCCAUAUAAGUAGUAGCAUUUCAUUUAGCCUCAUCUCUAGCACAGAGAGUUGUUCGGUUCUUCUAGCACUUUGUAAGUGUAAAAUAAAUACAAAUACAUAUGUGUAUAUAUAUGUGUACACAUACUUUGUGUGUGUAUAUAAUAUAUGGAUUCUUAGCAGAUUCUUUCAAUAUGUGCAGUAAAUUAUAUUUAUUUAAUGUGAAGUUGGCAGGAGCUGAUAGAACAGUUCCUACAGCUAGACCAGUAAAAUGAAGCAGUUUUCAUUGAUCCAUAGAUCAAAUAUCAGUCUUGCAGACAUAAAUAGUAUCUGUCAGUCAUUUUAGACAUAGGAUAGCAAACAAACCAUAGCCUUUUCUCCCAGUGUAAUAAAUACUUUGAGGCAUCAGUUGUAAAUUCUGAGGUAACUCAGAGGAUCUGAGGAGUUAGGCUGUUUUAUAGUAGUGAUCAUUUUAGGAAACAGUAUGAGUAAAUAUGCUUCAGGUAGGUCUUUGCAGUCAUUGCAAUCAAAUUCUCUGACCAGAGCGCUUUUUAAAUAACUAUUUCUCUGUAGGUUCAAGGGCAUGGCCUAUUUGAUCACAUGACCCUUAACCACCUCCAGCUCUAAAUCAGGAGAAAAGGGUGAAAGCAAAAUAAAAGAUGCUGCACAUUUUUUCUUUUUCAGGUUAACCUUAGGGUAUGAUUCUUCAGAGUAAGCACUUGGCCUCCAUCUGCUGGGGAGGCAGGUAAGAAAGGAGUAAAUAGCUGUUACGCUGAAAGAUCUCAUUCCUGAUACAGACUAUGAACACACUUGCUAUCUCUCGAAAACUUGAGUAAAAUUGUUCAUGGUGCAUAACGUUAAACCUUGCAUGAAGUUAGUGGGGAAUGAGUGUCAUAAUGUUUAAACAGGCAUUUAAAAUGAGAUUUGUUUCUGUUGAAACUAAAGAAAAUGGGGAGCUUGUGAAGUAUCUGGGUAGUCUAUUUAUCUUGCCUAGAAGCACAAACUAACACAACUUUGCACCUAAAACAAGUCACCCAUUUGACAUCUCAUUGCUUUGCAGUCUGAUAAGUCAGCCUCUUUGCUAGCGUAAGCAGUUGGAGCUCCAUGGAAAUCAGUGGGGUGGUUCCCACUUACCUCAGCAGAGUAUGUUUAACUCUAAAGAACAGAGAAAAUACUUGCUCUCUGCCAAUAUCCCAGGGGGAUGAGGGAAAUGUAUGGUUCAGGAUGCUGCUUUUGCAUAAGGUGUUCAUGCUUUUGUAAACAAUAAAAAUAAACAUUACUUUUUUU